AUGUCGCAGAAGGCUGCAUCUUUGCAAGACGCCAGGCAUGUAUCAGAGACCGGAAAGACAAGGGGUCCGGGGCUGCAUUCUUCCGGCACCACUUUUCGCAAGGUGGGCGCGCAGCAGCAGCAACCAAUCAGGGCGUGCUUCAGUGGCGCCGGCUACGAGUUCCAUCAUCCCAUGCUCAUUCAUCUUCAGCUGCUGGCAACUUGCGUUUUGCCCACUCCAGCAUCCCGCGACACCAGCCAGCAGCACGGCCAGCACGGCCAGCCAGACGCAACACCACUCCGUCCCGACACCCAAAACAACAACCAGCGUCCAGGGAAGGGGGUCGGGAGGCGAGCCGGGACUGGGGAGUCGGCACGAUAG